UCGUGCUGCCCGAAAGUCCCGCCGGAGGUCCAGGUCGCCAUGCAGCAGAGCUUGGAUGGCGCGGCGGUGAGAAAGAAGAAGAAGCUUAAGCUUGCUGAGGAGGUGAAGAAGGUUAACUCGGGUAACAAUCACGCGGAAGGGGGCCAAGUGGAUGCCGCGCUGCAAAUGAUCCCGGUACCUGAAAUUCUCGGUGAUAUUGCUCCCAUUCAGGUGGAGGUGAGAGAGGAGGGUAUGCCCAAAGAGAGAGGGAGGAAGAAGAGAGCCAGAUAUACUUCUCCUCCCCCUCCUGCCCCUCUCCCACCUCUUGUCACUGCAUUGGAGGUCGGCGUGCCCAUCAAGUCCGGUUCGGGAGCGACUAUGGAUAAGGAUCAGGUUUAUAUGGCAAUUGGGCGGUUUCUCUACGAGGCUGGGGUGCCUUUGGAUGCAGUGAAUUCAGUGUAUUUCCAACCGAUGUUAGAUGCGAUUGCAUCAGCUGGGCCGGGGCUUGAAAUGUUCUCCUAUCAUGAUUUUCGUGGUUGGAUUCUAAAGAGAUCGAUUGAAGAAGUGAAUAACAAGUUGCUGCGUUUAAAGGGGAUGUGGGGUCGGACUGGUUGUUCUAUAUUGGCCGAUGAAUGGACCACUGAGACCGGUAAAACCCUGAUCAAUUUUUUGGUGUAUUGUCCUGAAGGAACAAUGUUUCUGAAGUCGGUUGAUGCAUCACAUAUUGUUACCUCUGCUGAUACGCUCUAUGAGUUGCUUAAGCAUGUGGUGGAAGAAGUUGGUGCAGCAAAUGUAGUACAAGUGAUUACCAACAACGCUGAAAGCCAUGCUAUUGCAGGGAAAAGGUUGACCGAAACCUUUCCUACAUUGUUUUGGACACCAUGUGCUUCACAGUGCAUAGAUGCAAUGCUCGAGGUUAUUGGGAAGUUGGAGGCAAUAAGUGGGGUCAUUGAGAAUGCAAAGACCAUUACAGGGUUUAUCUACAAUCAUGCGAUUGUUUUGAAUCUGAUGAGGAAGUAUACAAAUGGUAAAGAUUUGAUAAUCCCUGGUGACACCCGUGCUGCUAUGAAUUUCAUCACAUUGAAGAGCAUGACUAGUCUGAAAGAGGAGUUAACAGCAAUGGUCGGUUCAGAGGAGUGGAUGGAAUGCCCAUAUUCAAAAAAGCCUGGAGGCAUUGCUAUGACUAAUCUUAUUGGUAGUUUAGAAUUUUGGUCUUCUUGUGCUGCAAUUGUUCGCAUAACAGAGCCUAUAGUGCGAGUUCUUAAGUUGGUCGAUAGCAACAAGAGGCCUGCAAUGGGCUAUAUUUAUGUGGCCAUGCAUCAAGUUAAACAAGCAAUUAAGAAGGAAUUGGUGAAGAAGAGAGACUACAUGACUUACUGGGAUAUCAUUGAUUGGAGGUGGGAUAGGCAACUGCCUCGCCCUCUUCAUGCAGCAGGUUUCUUCCUCAACCCUCAGUUCUUCUACAGCAUCCAGGGAGAAGUUUCCAAUGAGGUAUCAUCAGGCAUGCUCGAUUGUAUAGAAAGAUUAGUGCCUGAGACAAAAGUCCAAGACAAAAUCCAAAAGGAGCUCAGCUUGUAUAAAAGUGCAGCAGGGGACUUGGGAAGGAAGAUGGCUGUCAGAGCAAGACAAACUUUACUUCCUGCUGAGUGGUGGUCCACAUAUGGAGGAGGUUGCCCAAAUCUGAUGCGUUUGGCUGUACGCAUUCUCAGUCAAACUUGCAGUGCAAGGGGAUGUGAGCGGAUUCACAUUCCUUUUGAACAAAUUCAUAACCAACGAAUGAACUAUUUGGAGCAUCAGCGACUCUGUGACCUCAUUUUUGUCCGUUAUAACUUGCGUUUGCAGCAAAGGCAACUUUUGAAGAGUAAACCAUUUGAUCCUAUUUCUAUUGACAACAUUGACAUUGUUGAUGAUUGGAUUGUGGAGAAGAGUGAACUGCUUUCUGGGGCUGAUGAAGAUCCCAAUUGGAUGGUAUUAAAUCCACCAUUAGCUAGUGGAGUGCUUUCAGAAAAUUCUGAUGAUGUUGAAGUUGAAGCCUUUAUUGCAGGACUUGAUGAUGAGGUGAUCCGAGGUGCUGGUCAAGAUGCAGAGGAUGAUGAUGACAUCAAAGAGGAAGAUGAGAGCCGUGAUGGUGCUUCUUUCAUAUGUAAUUGAAGAGUCAUAUAAUAAAGCGAUUAUGGUUCCACAUUGAAGUUCGUAUUUUCAGUCUUUCGAAGGGGCAGCAUGAUUAUUAUUUAUUUGCUAUUUUGCAUUUACUUUGGGCUGCUACUUAGAAAAGAUAUUGUAAAUCUGUACUCAAGUAGUCUGUAGAUGCUUGUGCAUUGGAAUAUGUAGGUUGUACUUGCAUUUAUUUAUAAGAAGGCUACUUUCAUCCACUUGCAUGCAUGAACUAUGCCUAUUAACUUGCUGAAUUCGAAUGCCAGUUUCUGUAUCCGUAA